AUGGAUCAAUCAUACUUUCUGUUGCCUCUUCUUAUUGAUGGGCAGAGUUCAUCGGGUAACAAUAUCGACGUCUACCUUCGACCUCUCAUCGAUGAGUUACAGUCUUUAUUCGUUGAUGGUGUAGAGACAUAUGAUGCAGACAAAGGGGAAACAUUCACAAUGCGUGCAGCCUUAAUGUGGACAAUUAAUGACUUUCCUGCAUAUGGAAUGCUAUCAGGUUAUUCCGUACACGGUUAUAAAGCAUGUCCUUACUGCCAUGCCGAUACAUCAUCGACAUGGUUGCCCUUUAGCAAAAAAAUCUGUUAUUUCGGUCAUCGACGUAUGUUGGAAGAAGAUCAUCCUUAUAGGGAUGAUGCUGUUCACUUUGAUGGUACUACAGAGCAUAGAAAGGCUCCAGUCCCCCUAUCCGGAAAGGACAUACUUGCUCAGUGGAAUGUUUACGGAAAUAUAACUUUCGGAAAAGUAAAGGAAAAACAGGAAAGACCACAAGGAUGGAACAAAAAAAGUGUUUUCUUUGAAUUGCCCUAUUGGAAGACAAAUACCGUGCGUCACAAUCCGGACGUGAUGCACAUUAAGAAGGGAGUAUCUGAGAACAUACUUAACUUGCUUCUUUGUAAAGAUGGAAAAUCAAAAGACAACCUCCAAGCUCGGAGAGAUUUGCAGCACUUCAACAUUAGAAAAGAAUUGCAUCCUGUACCUAAAGCUGGCUUUUCAGGAUCAUUUAAUAAGAAGAUAAAGACUGUGAAAGGCAAGAUCGAUGGGUUGAAGAGUCAUGAUCACCAUGUUAUUAUGCAACAUCUUCUCCCACUAUCCCUAAGGACUUCUCUUCCAGGAUCCGUUGGUUUAGUGAUCAAUGAACUUUGCACCUUCUUUAGAGAAUUGUGUGCUAAAAAUGUCAAUGACAAGGAGCUAGAAAAGCUAGAGAAAGCAAUACCUUUGAUAUUGUGCAAGCUUGAGAGAAUUUUUCCACCGUCGUUCUUUGAUAUCAUAAUCUACUUGAUUGUUCAUCUUGCAAAAGAGGCUAGACUUGCAGGACCGGUACAAUAUAGGUGGAUGUAUCCUAUAGAAAGGUACCUUUUGACUCUAAAAAAUUAUAUACGAAAUAGAAAUUGGCCAGAGGGUUCUAUUAUGGAAGGUUGUCUCUUGGAGGAAGUAACAACAUUUUGUUCCCGUUAUUUGGAUGAAAAUAUAGAGACAAAGCUCAAUAGACCUGUGAGUAUUCAUGACGGAAAAUAUGGCAAACCAACUUACACAAAAAUGGGACUCACAUUUAUUAAUGAUAUACAUCGAUUUAUCAUCCUCAAUAGCAUAUGCCUCGAGGAAGUUAGAGAAAUUCACAAGGAUGAAUUACGUGAAGAGCAUCCUAAUUGGAAUGUUGAACGAUUGGAAAAACAUCAUCAUGAUAAUUUUUGUAGCUGGUUUAUAAAUUAUGUCCAAGAUCCAAAAGUAGAAUUAACAUUGGAUAAGGAUUUGAGAUGUCUAUCUAAAUAUCCGAGCCGAGAGGUUGCAUACUACAAUGGAUUUGGUGUAAGCGGGUACAAGUUUGAAAUCAAGGAAAUAGAAGAAUCUCGGACCACCCAGAAUAGUGGAAUUGCGGCUAUUGGCACUGAAGGAAUAAUUUACUAUGGGUAUUUAGAUAGAAUACUCGGUAUUCGCUAUCCCGGAAGAGCAAAACUAAUUUAUUUAUUCAAGUGUGUUUGGUAUCAUACAAAAACUGGACAUGGAAAGUGGAGAGAAACAUAUAGGACUUGGAAAGAUGAAUAUGGAUUGACUAGUGUAAACACUAAUCUUUUUGAGUUUGAAGAUGAACCAUAUAUAUUCCCGGAACAAGCAUUUCAAGUAUACUACUCAAAGUGCUUGAAACAUCCUGAAUGGAGUGUUGUUAGCCGAUGGAAGCCUAAGAAUACUUACGAUGUCCCACAAUUUGUGGAUGUUGACAAAGAGGACAAUGCUGAGACAGAUUCUGAUGAUGACGGACUUAGAUUGUUACAAGCUUCUAUUUCUAUAGAUCCAAAUGAAUCUCAGGUUGAGCAUGAAGUUUCAUGGGUUCGGAAUGAUUUUGAACAUGAAAUCAUUGUAGACAUUCCUACAACGUCUAAGGAGUCUGUAAAAAGAAAAAGGUAG